AUGACAAACUCAAAAGAGAAAAAGGCAACUAACAAUUGUUUAGAUUCAAAAUAAGCCGCAUCAGCUGACUUAGCCAAAAAAACAGUUGAUGUUUCAACUUAAACAGACCUUAUAGAAAGAGAUUAUAUUCCAAUCAAGCAACUUGCUCUCAUGCAAACAGAAAGUGUUGCUUUUCCUUAAAUACUUUAUCAUUAGCACACUCUCUUAUAGCUUAUUCUAUUCCUUAUUAUGAUUUUUGUAGCAGCAUUCUACUACACAAAACCUUAAGGUGAAGAUUCUCUACUCCCUAAUGCUAAAUUGGGUGUCAUGUUUGCUAUGAUUUCUAUAGUAAUCUAUUGUAUGAUUUACUUGCCUAAUACAACUAUAUAGAGACCUCAUCCAUCUCUUUGGCGUAUGCUUUAAGCACUUGGAAUGUGUUGGUUGACCGUUGUAGUUUUCGCUCUCUUUUUCAAUAGAGAUGAUAUCUAAACUUUCUUGAAGUCUUUUGUCGAUCCCGAAUUAGGACAGCCCUUAUAAGACAAGAAUUUCUCUGAAGAUUGUGAUAUCUAUACUCCUGGUAAUCCUAAAGGUGAUUUCUAUAAUUUGACUGAUAAGUUGGAUGUCUUUUUUGUUGCUCAUUUUAUAGGCUGGAUGGUUAAAAUGUUUAUUUGCAGAGACUUUAAACUAUGCAUGAUCCAAUCAAUUCUUUUUGAAUUUUUAGAAAUAACUUUCAGACACUGGCUCCCUAACUUCUAUGAAUGCUGGUGGGAUUCUAUCAUUUUCGAUAUUAUUCUUUGCAACUCUGGAGGUAUCAUCGCAGGAUGGUGGUUGAUGUAGAAAUUCGAAAUGAAGGAAUACAAGUGGUCCUUAUCUGAAGCAGGAAAGAAGAAAAAACCCUAUUGGAAAAAUGUUAAAGAGCUUUUCAUCACUCCAAACCUCGAAAAACAUGAUUGGAAAGUUUUCUCUUCAAGCCUUAGAUUUGCUUCUGUUAUUUAUUACAUGAUAUUUAUGAAUUUAGUUGAUCUCAGUUUCUUCUUUAACAAGUUUGUUUUAUGGAUUAGACCAAGUCACCCUGUUUUAUCUUUCAGAACAUUUAUGAUCGGCUUUUUAGCCAUCCCUGCUACUCGUGAAUACUAUGAAUACAUUUCAAAUCCAUAAUAAAAGAGACUCGGAGGUAUUUGUUGGUUAACAUAGGCAAUCGUAUACUCUGAACUUUUAGUCUUUUUAAAAAAUUACAACGGUUAAUUUAUUGAAGCCUUCCCAGACUACAUAAUUUAAAUCUGGGCUGUAAUAGUUGGCGUCAUUAUUGCUAUUUUCACUGCUUUGCUUAUUAGAGAUGUUAAAAAGUGGUAUAAAAAUAAGAGAGAAGAAGACUCAAAAGAGAAAUUACAUGCUGAGUGA